UUUUUUUUUUUGUUUUUGCUAAUUUCUUCUAAUUCGUUUGCUAAUAACAGUCCCAUCAUUGUGAUUCUGCCAUUUCUCUGCCUUUUUGUAGCUCAAUUUACUUGAAUAAGGAAUAGAAUCCUACGCUAUAUAGUGCGGUAUGUGAAAUUUAGAUCAUCUUCUACAGAGAUUGUGAGCAGAAUGGGUAACCCUGUACGGAGAGCCAUGGUUUCUAGUGGCUGGCAUUUGAGAAGAACAAAUGAAACAAUGAGGCUAAUCAUAACCACUUUUGUGGGGAUUAUAUUUGGCUUUGUUUUAGGUGUUUCUUUUCCCACACUUUCAUUGACUAAGGUUAACUUAUCAUCAAACAUAUUUCCUUCUGUUGAUCUCACUUACAUAGAGGACAAGUACUCGGGUCUCUCGACUCAAGCACUUUUAAAUGUAUGGUCGGCUCUUAAAGGAAGGAGAGGCUUCUCGCGCAAAUACAACAACACUAAGAUCUGGGUUCCAAACAAUCCUCGAGGUGCAGAGAGACUACCACCUGGCAUUCUCGUUGCUGACUCUGACUUGUACACUCGUAGAUUGUGGGGUGCUCCUGGCGAGGACCUAAUUGUUAAGCCAAGAUAUCUCAUGACCUUUACUGUUGGUUACGACCAGAAAGACAACAUCAAUGCUGCAGUAAAGAAGUUGACAGAGAACUUCCAAGUUCUGUUGUUUCACUAUGAUGGCCGGCCAAGCGAAUGGGAUGAAUUCGAGUGGUCUAAAAGGGCUAUACACGUGAGUGUGAGGAAGCAAACUAAAUGGUGGUACGCGAAGAGAUUCUUACAUCCUGACAUUGUGGCCCCGUACGACUAUAUCUUCAUCUGGGACGAAGAUCUUGGAGUUGAGAACUUCAACCCCGAGGAAUACAUAAAGCUAGUGAGGAAGCAUGGGCUAGAUAUUUCACAGCCUGGUUUAUCCCCCGACAGUGGUAUGACGUGGGAGAUGACGAGAAGGCGAGAAGACACCGAAGUCCAUAAGGAAGCGGAGGAAAGACCAGGCUGGUGCACGGACCCUCAUCAGCCACCCUGUGCAGCUUUUGUCGAGAUCAUGGCCCCUGUUUUCUCCCGGAAUGCAUGGCGCUGCGUGUGGCAUAUGAUCCAGGUAUUUCUCGCGUCGCCCACAUUCGUCCCUCCCAACUUAUUACGAUUUGAACUUACAAUGCUGCAGAAUGACUUGGUCCAUGGAUGGGGCCUUGAUUUUGCUCUUAGAAAAUGUGUAGAGCCUGCUCAUGAGAAAAUAGGAGUAGUGGAUGCUCAGUGGAUAGUGCAUCAAACUGUUCCUUCACUUGGGAAUCAGGGUCAAGAGGAGGAAGGCAAGGCGCCAUGGGAGGGGGUGAGGGAGAGGUGUAAAAACGAGUGGACUAUGUUUCAAGAUCGGUGGAUUGAAGCUGAGAAAGUAUAUUUUGAGGCCAUGGGUAUCGAUCCUCCUAACUCCACGAUUCGUUAUUAGGUCGUUGUGGUUUUUUUAAUUUUUAAUUUUUAAUUUUUUAAUUUUUUUAUUUUUUUAUUUCGCGGUCGUUGUGGUUCAUUGUAGGCUGUAGCUUAGGUAUAUAUAUUGACCUUCAUCUUCUACUCUCUACUGUAUUUCGCCCUUUUUUGGAGAUGUAGGAGAUAUUGGUUCAUGUACAAGAAUCUCAGUUGUAACCGAGUUCAUACAGUGAGCUCUAACAUCGCCUCCUUAUAA